GCUAGUCUGGAGCCACCCUGGACGGGGCGCACUUGCUGAGCGCGCAGGGCUGUCUGCUCCCUCCGGGAGCUGCCUGGGACAAUGUUUCUCUUUUAAGACACGGUAGCUUCGGCUUCUCUUUGCAGCAGCUGCGGAACUUUCCCCACUUUAGGCUGAACUAAGAGGGUGAUGGGCUGUUCCAGGGGCUCUCCUGGGCAAGCGGCCAGCUAAGCAUCCUUUGGUUUCAGUGCUGCGAUCGGCGCUUCAUUCUGGACUCCCGGAUCUGACUCGGCUGCUCUUUCUAGCCUAACAGGUCUUCGAAGCGCAAGUAGUUUUGGGGAACUGCAGACAUGGUUGGUCCCAGCUACAAAGGGACAUUCACGGUCACUCUCCAAGGGACAUUCAUGGUCACUCUCCAAAACCUUCUUGAGUAACAGUGUUUGACUGGAACCACCUACUGUGAAUUCUCCAAGGAUGAGAGUCUGUGCUAAGUGGGUGCUGCUGUCACACUGGCUGCUUCUGGCCUAUGUGUUAAUGGUCUGCUGUAAGCUGAUGUCCGCCUCGAGCCAACACCUCCGGGGACAUGCAGGUCACCACCUGAUCAAGCAAGGUACGUGCGAGGUGGUUGCUGUGCACCGCUGCUGCAAUAAGAACCGCAUAGAGGAACGCUCUCAGACAGUCAAAUGUUCCUGCUUCCCAGGCCAGGUGGCUGGCACAACUCGGGCACAGCCUUCUUGUGUUGAAGCUUCCAUUGUGAUUGAGAAGUGGUGGUGCCACAUGGAUCCUUGCUUGGAAGGAGAGGACUGUAAAGUGCUUCCAGACUCCUCGGGUUGGUCCUGUAGCAGUGGUAAUAAAGUCAAAACCACCAAGGUGACCCGGUAGCAGACACAGAAGUGUUUUGACCCUGAGGGGCAUCGGGAUGCAGAGCUGUGCUGUGUGGAUUACCAGACUAGUGAGAACUCACCUUGGCACUUACUCAGAAGUUCAUAGCUGCAAUUUGUGCAACAUGGAAAGUGGCAUUUAUGUGACUGUCCCUGUUUCUCUGCUUUGUGAUCGCAUCACACUGACUACAGCUAUAGGUGGCCACUCAACUGAUGUGUUACCUGGAGCUCAAAAGGAGCCCAGCACAAGAAAUGCUGGAGGAGACAUCAGAGGUGCCAGCGUGGAGCAGCUUUGGCAGAAUCUGGAUUUUCUCUUUCUCCUUUUCUCAAGGAAAAUGGACAGGAAGUACAACGUGACCCAAGCUGUUCCUCUUUUAAAUGUGUCCUUUAGCCAUUAUGCAGAAGGCAGGAAGGAUGUCUAAAUCACAGGAGAUUUGGCUCACAUACGUAUGUUCUAGAUUAAAGAACUCGAAUUAUCUGGUGCAGGAAAUUAAUUUUAUGAACCUCGGAGAAUGGAAGGACUCAUUGGGUUACUACGUGCACAUUUGUAUUUUUUACUUUUGAUAAUUUAACAUGUUUCUUCUUAGUUCCAUUCCUACAUUAGCAGAGAUGCAGCAGAGGCUUUUUAACCCUGGUACUCUGGUGGCUGAGUUCUAAGGAAAGCAUGGUAGUACUGGAGUUUUAUAACCAAAGCUUUAUCAUGACAUAUUCACAAAGGACCAUAAACCUGUUGGGAUUUUAUGGCUUACGGAUCACGAAAUAGGAAAAUCAUUUAAGACAUAGGACGGUCUCUGUUUAGAGGAAGGGUGAUUUCUUAGAUUCACUUUAUGACAAUUCUAUGGAAAAAAUUUUUUUUUAUCUCCCAGGAGUCUUUAAAUGCUAACUAUCCACCUUAUCAUUGAUGUGAGCUUAACAGGGUCCCUUCUGUACCCAUUUGUCAGCUUUCUUACGUCUUUAAAUGUUAAGUAAAACCUCAGUCAUUUUUCCACCUAUUUCAGUGAUUUCAUAGAUACUGACGUGCAGAAAGAUAAGAAACAAAGACACUGGCCCAGGUUUGAAGUGAGAUGUUAUUCAUGCACAUGCAUCUGUAAUGUGGGAUUGAGUGUAUGUAUUAAGAAAUGUUGACAAUACUGUCUGUCCUUUUGCAAUUACAAGGAAACAUCAGUUCCAUUAUAUCGUCUACAGUGCUAUCAAUUAUUUGAUUUUAUUCUUGCAGAAGAAGUGGAAAUGGGUGCUACUUGUUUAUUGGUUAAACGUUGGCUUGAAUUUGACUGACUGGGUGCCUAUCAGAAUGGUUAUUCUCAUAUGACUAAGUAAAAUAUCACUCUGUGGAUGGCA